UCUUAUAAAUUAAUUGGAUAUUUAUGAACAUUAGUCGUUUUCCUUACAUCGGGGCGAGUGCGCGUUUGAGUGACGCGUAUGUUAAUCGGUAAAUAUGGCCAACAGAAUAAUUCUGUUGUGUCUAGCACUUACGUGUUUGUGUGCUAACGUUAUAGAAUGUGGCAGAGGUGGCGGAAGUAGAGGAGGCGGUAGCUCAAGAAGAGGUGGAUGGGGAUCAAGUAGUUCUAGCUCCUGGAGUAGGCCAUCAUCAAGUUCCAGUUCCUGGAGUAAGCCUUCAUCGAGUUGGGGAUCUAGCAGUUCAAGUUCUUCAUGGGGCAAACCAUCAUCAUCGUCGGGCACUAGCUCAAGUAACUCGUGGUCUUCAGGCUCAGCGUCAAGACCCAGUUAUCCUUCUUCAUCAUCAGGGUUAUCUGGGUCUGGAUCAUCUAGGCCCAGUUAUCCUUCUUCGUCAUCUGGAUUGUCGGGGUCUGGAUCGUCUAGGCCCAGUUAUCCUUCUUCGUCAUCUGGGUUGUCUGGGUCUGGAUCGUCUAGGCCCAGUUAUCCUUCUUCGUCAUCUGGUUGGUCUGGUUCUGGAUCGUCUAGGCCUAGUUAUCCUUCUUCGUCAUCUGGAUUAUCUGGAUCUGGAUCGUCAAGGCCCGCUUAUCCAUCCUCAUCGUCAAGCCUUUCUGGUUCUGGAUCGACAUAUCCAUCAUCUUCAACAGGCCUUUCCGGAUCAUCUAAACCAAGCUAUCCAUCAUCAUCAUCGGGUCUUUCUGGAGCAUCGAAACCUCUCUAUCCACCAUCGACAGGGCUGUCAGGAGGUUCAUCAAAACCGAAUUACCCAUCGUCAACUGGAAUUUCUGGGUCAUCGAAACCUUUUUAUCCCACAUCGUCUGGGUCAGGAUUUUCAAAUACCCAUCCUUCAUCGAACACGUAUUAUCCAACUUAUAACACAGGUGCAAGUAAUUACAGACCUCCUCACAGCCCACCAUAUCAUCCGAGUAAUACGUAUCAUACUGGCAACAGUUACAAUAGCUAUUAUCCUGGCUAUGGAAAUACCCACUAUUACAAUACACCAAGUUACGUUUACGUACAAGAGUACAGAAAUUCAGGAAGUCGAUACAGUGAUCUACUGACAGGCUUAGCUCUUUACAACUUGGGCCGAUCUCACAAUGAUCACUAUCAUCACUAUUAUUAUGACGAUUAUUAUCAACGAAGGUACUAUCAGCCUUCCAGCGGUUAUAGCCCAGACAAUGCACCUAAAGAUAGAGCCACUUGCUUCUUAAAAGUCAAGGAAAAUGACAAAACAGAAGUGCUGAAGGUACCUUGCGAAAUUGUUUCCACAUUCACUGAAGGGAGUAAAAAAGAAAUCAAAGUAAAUAACACAACAGUUUGUGUGACAAAUACUACUACUACUAAUAAUACAGAGUCUAUUAAUUCUUUAGUGCCUUCAGUAUUGAAGGUAACUAUGCUAACAAAUGUCACAAAUGUAAACGCUACAACUGCGGUGCGCACAGGCUUGAUUGAAAAUAUAACAUCUGAAGCUUCUACAACUGCUGCACCAGUUUCGUCGACGACAUUAGAUCCUCGGAUAUUAACCAUCGUACCAUUGAAUGUGACAUCUGCAAAUCUAAAUAUGACAAAUAUUUCAAGUACAGUAAAUGCCACAUCAGACAAUUCAACGGCAACAGUUACAGUGCAAAUAGAAGUUACUACAGUUGCUCCAGUUACCUUAUCAUCUAUAAACACAACCGUUUUACCUGGUAAUAAUACGUCGAACGUGUCGUCUAAUGUACCACUGAGUAUAUCAACUCCAGAAUCAUCAAAGGCUACGAAAGUGAAUUCAACAACAUCCACAGUUACUACGUGCACCACAACAGUGCAGGAGAUUGACCCAUUGACAAUGACAGGACCGCGUAUCAGUGGUGGUUCAACGAAUAUGGAAUGCAGUGUAGAGAUUCAAACUUCUUCAUCUGUGUUACGCCAUCCUGUUAACUGUAGCGUGCUUUUCGAAUAUGCAAAGAUGCCUGAACCAAAAAAGGAAAACGGGAUUUUACCUGAUAGAAGCACUCUAAAGCAAUGGUAUCAGAAACCGCCGUGGUGGCUUGCUAUGUUCAUCGCUGUUUAGUCAGAUAAAAUUAAUUAUUAUUACGUAAUAUAAAUGUUUUUUUGGAAUCUUUAUGAGAAAAUUGUUAUAGUGAUGCAUUGAGUAUAUAACCAGUUUAUAUUAGAUGUUUUGCUGUUUUUUCCACACCACCGAAUAGAAUAACCCCCAUUGUUACAGAUAUUAUCUUUAUUACCUAGAAUAUUUUUGGAAUAUACGGAGACAUAGACACAGGUCAGUUGUUGGCGCUGUACUAGUAUACUAUUUCAGUGCAAUUGGGAGUUAAUAUUUGCAAGUCCCAUUUGACUGAUGGACUGGGAUGGAUGGCCCUUAUUUAGUAUCUAUUUCUGGUUAUAUGCUCGAUAUACUGAUGCGUCUAAUGUGAUUGUAGCACACAUUGAUUUAGAAUGCUUUACCUUGCCAUUCAAAUUUAGAAGUAAUUUAAGUCAUAAAAUAUUUUAAUGUACGUAAAGUAAAAAAUACAAAUCCCAAAAUUUAAUGUGCUCUGUACUUGUACCUAAAGAUAUUUUUGACUAUAACAAUCCUUUAUAUAAAUUAUAUUUUCAAUUUUUCUCAUUAAAUACUCAGUUAAUCUAUAAUACUCUGCGUUUAAUUAACAAUAGAAGAGUUUAAUAUAACUCUGCUAAGGGAAUCAAAAUGACAUAAUUAUGCUUAUGCUUAAACUUAUCGAUAUGAAGAAAACUUUUGGGCACAUUGCCAUUGUUUCACAAGAGCAUAUUCAAAGUUGACCCUAUAGAUGCAUAUAAAAACAUCGUAUUGAAUAAAAAUUGUGUGUAUUAAAUAAUUAUCGAUAGUUCCAGGUUUUUUACUAAGAUAUGACUUAUUAUUUUUUCUCGAUGGCAAAAUUUUCCAUUUUUGUAUAUAUAAAUAAGAGAUAAGUCUAUUUAUUUUGGAGCAUUUGACGGAGAAAAUGUAAGUAAGCACGGUCAAUGAUCGCUGAAAUUCCUUGUAGAUAAUCCAAAAGAUAGCGAAAAAACGUAAGAACUUUGUAAGGAUUAAUGGUAAUGGCGUCUAUUACACUAUUCAUACGACCAGAAUUGGUUUUUUUCUCUAAUAGAAGUAAGCAAUUGACAUCGAUAGUCGUAUUUUCAUUCA